UACCACUGUGUUUUGCUGUCUCAGCAAUCUCCAGUCGGCGUCGAUGAAGCUGGGAGCCUGAUGGCUCGAACCAUUCUCUGCUUCAUGGCCUUUUGUUUCGCACCCAGUACGGUAGAACUUAACUUUGUCGAAUACGUGACUUCUUGAGAAGCACGUUCUUCCUCGCCGUUUUGCUUCAAUUAUAGAUAGUUUCGCACAAAACAUGGCCACAAGGAGGGGCGGCGCCAGCGAGAGGCUGGACGACAUGACGAGUUUGAUGCGCUGGACGAAAUUGGAUAUGGGCGACCUGAUUGCCGUGAGCAAUAGGAUGGGUCUGCAUGUGAACGAGUUGAAUGCGGUCUGCCAUAACACGGAGAUGACACCGAACGAAUUGAUGGCAAAGUGCAACCAGAUGGGUAUGACUGUUCGCGUCAUGAUGACCAGGAGCAAACAGAUGGGGAAGAGUCCUCUCGAAUUUAUGGCACUCCAAACCAGAAAGGAGACUGGAACAGGUCUGAAGACCACCUCGACGGGAAUGGGUGGUGGGCCGAAGACGAGCGAAGUGACGAGUACGGGUAACAAGAACGGGUCCAGCGAGGGCACAGUAGAAAAGAGUAAAUGGUUAUCCAGAAUCACACCCUCAGGAAUCGGCACCAAAGUCCAAAAGUCGCAGCAACCAGACGACAAGAAGUCCAAUGAGCAGCCGCAGAAACGGGGGAAACAUCCAUCCAGGGAACUCCUAGCAGCACUGCGCAAAAUGAUAUUGGCCGACGCAGAACCAUUCCGCCAGGAGCGACCUGACUUUUGCGCCGAGCUUGAUCGUCGUGAACAAGCUGGAGUUGACGAGAAAGCAUUAGUAAAGCUGCUCCUGCAGCAAAUCGGCUUUGAGUAUAACCAUUCGAAGAACCUGCAGAUCAAUGUAGCAGAUUUGCGGACUACUGUAGCAGAUUUGGAAAAGGCGAAGACCGAAUUGCAAGUCAUAAACUAUGAACUUCUUGGCGACAAUAGCGAUUUGCUAGAACGAGUAGACUGGAGAAGCUCAACGCAGACGCGAGAUGAGUACGAGGUCAAGAUGGAAAAUCAGAAGCGGGCCGUGAAAAAUGCGAUGCAUGAGCUUCGUGAGACUAAAAAAGAGCUCCUGAAGGAAGUUUUGGACUUGAAAAAGGCCGGCAAAACCGUCCCAGCAGGAAGUGACGUGGGAGAGAGAUUUGGCAUGGAUUUCUCCACCUUCCAGGAUGAGCGCCGUGGCGGGAUAACAGAAGAGGACGUCGAAGCCAGAAUAAAUGAGAUGCAGGUAGAGUGUCAGGGGAGACUCGACGAAAUGCAAAGGCAGCAUAAUGACCAAUUAGUCAAUCUGCGACUGGAGAUGAAAGCAAAGGUCCAAGAGGAGCAUGAGUUUGAGAUGAGCGAUCUCCGCAGUCAGUAUGCCUUGAACAUGGAUGGCCUCAAAGGCGAUUUGAAGAGGGUCGAAAAGAUCCAUCGAGACACUGUUGCCAAGGCCAAGAGAGAAUACGAAGAUCAGGUAAACAGGCUUAACACCCAGAUAUUUACAAUGAAAGGUGGCAUCGAUAAGGCAGAAAGUGACCACAACUGGUCAUUACAACAGAUGGAGCAAGGACAUAAGGCGGAGUUGAUUCGAGUAAAUCAUGAGCACGAUGUCGAGCUACAGCGAAGGCAAGACAACUAUCAAAGCAGAGUUGACAAACUGGAGGAAGGUUUCGCUAUAGCCCUACAGCAAGCAGAGGAGACCCUCAAGUUAGAAAGGGGCCAGUGGAGCCAAACCAAGGGCGACAUGGAGAAAAGGCACAGAAAUGAACUAAGAGACUUGAAAGACGAGCACCGAGAGGAGGUCAGCAGGAGAGGCAAAGAGGCGCUGGCGGAAUGUGCGCGACUUAACGCUCUUAUGGACGAGAUGGAGAGAGAUCAAGUUGCAAAACUCGCGGACAAGACGGCGGCAUUGGAUGCAGAAAAGGCACAGCUGGAAACUCGGUUUGCCGAAAAGGAAGCGAGUCUAAAGAAGAAAUAUCAGGAGAUGAGCACCGCUCUCGAGGAGAAGCACGCCGAGGAGAAGGCACAGUUGCGGAGAGACCGAGAUGCAUACAGUGCGGCCUUGCUAGAACGAGACCGGGCUCGGGACAAAGUCGAGUAUUUGCAGGAUGUCGAGAUCAAAGACAAGUUUCAGGGACUCAAAGAGGAUGUCGAGAACCUGGCACGGUCCGAGUGGAUGAAUGACCCAGGAAAGGAGAAAACGCUGAAGCUUCUCACACCCACGCCAGAGCGGCUGAUGCGCCAAGUCUUGCAGCAUAGUAUCUGGGUCGUCCUCCACGAGCACAUCUUCUGCAGCCCAUUCCGCGUCUUUGGGGACGAAGGGAUGAAGUAUGAGACAGACUGGAUUAAGGAGUGUGGCGGAGAAGACCCUGCCUUCAACAAUGGAGUUUACACUUGGCCUACACCCGAGGUCGACACCGAGCGCUGGCGGUUUGUCACCGUUAAGGAGUGCCGCUCCUUCCUCCGGAAACCAGCGUCUCCCCUUGACCCUCGUGCACAACUGAAGAGGAGCUUUGCGGACAAGCGUGACACCAUCAGGAACGCUCUCAGAGAGAUGCUAAGUGAGGUGGUUGAAGUUGACAAAAGCCACGUACAGAAGCUCGAAAAACUCGCCCAGAAAGCCACCAACGUGUGGUUAGAAUUCAGCAUGCAGCCCUUCCGACUUAUCAUUGAGGUUCAGGGUGCCAAGGUAGAGUCGAUAGAGAGUCGGAUUGUGCAAGCACGCAUGUCAUCCUUCGACCUAGUACUCGUGCCCAGGCUGAAAAGUUUUGGCAACUCAAAGGGCCAGGAUCUCAAAGCGGAAGCAACGAUUGGCAGCUACGACGGCGAGAUUGUGAGGAUCGGGACGUCGACGUCGUCGAAGCCCCCACUGUCGUCGCAGCGUGGACCAUUGUCACGGCGUCCAUCAGUUUCUCGAUGAGCAAGUAACCAUUUACUCUUGCAGACUUUUUUGGUAUUGCGGGAAUCAACAGUCUCUGUUCGAAUUAAGGCGAGCCUUUGGUCUAUGCCUUUGUCUGCAUAGCACCACAGUGUAUCAUUUAUGUCGAGUCUUCCUCUAUCAUGUAUCUGGCCAUGCUAUAAGUGCCCAGAGAAAUGGUUCCAUUACGGGGAAGCAAUGAGUUCAUGAUAGAAAUCACAAUGAAGAUCAAAACAGAAUUUCAAUCACGAUCCAGCCGUAUUAUUGCUUGCGAUUCAUUUUUCUUUAGUGUAAG